GGGCCUGCCCCGCGCGUGCGCACUGUGGUUCUGCGCUUGUCAUCAUGGCGACGCGGGGCCAUGUGCAGGACCCUAACGACAGGCGCCUCCGGCCCAUUUACGAUUAUCUUGAUAAUGGUAAUAAUAAAAUGGCAAUUCAGCAAGCAGAUAAAUUAUUGAAGAAGCAUAAGGAUCUUCAUUGUGCUAAGAUUUUAAAGGCAAUUGGUUUACAGAGAACUGGAAAGCAGGAGGAAGCCUUCACCUUGGCACAGGAGGUAGCAGCCCUUGAACCCACAGAUGACAACUCGCUGCAGGCACUGACUAUUCUUUACCGGGAGAUGCAUCGACCGGAGCUAGUUACAAAACUUUAUGAGGCAGCUGUGAAGAAAGUACCCAACAGUGAGGAGUAUCACUCUCACCUCUUCAUGGCCUAUGCCAGAGUGGGCGAAUACAAGAAAAUGCAACAGGCUGGCAUGGCUCUGUAUAAGAUUGUCCCCAAAAACCCUUACUACUUUUGGUCUGUGAUGAGCUUAAUUAUGCAAUCUAUAUCGGCACAGGAUGAAAACCUCUCAAAAACGAUGUUUCUGCCCCUUGCUGAGAGAAUGGUAGAAAAAAUGGUGAAAGAGGACAAGAUAGAAGCGGAGGCUGAAGUUGAACUUUAUUAUAUGAUCCUGGAACGUUUGGGAAAGUAUCAGGAAGCCUUGGAUGUCAUCAGAGGAAAAUUAGGAGAGAAGUUGACAAGUGAGAUUCAGAGCCGGGAAAAUAAGUGCAUGGCAAUGUACAAGAAGCUGAGCAAGUGGCCAGAGUGUAAUGCCCUUUCCCGGCGCCUCUUACUGAAAAACUCAGAUGACUGGCAGUUCUAUCUGACUUAUUUCGAUUCUGUCUUUCGACUGAUUUUUAAUCUGUUUCUUGAAUUGAGCUUGACUUUAAGUUUUGAGAUGGACAAUAGAAGUAUAAAAUACGUUUUUCAUUUGUUUAUACCCAGCUCUUUAGAAGGAGAAGUACAUUAUUCUGCAGAAGAAGCUGUGAAGUUUAUAGAAGAUCGGAUAACAGAAGAAUCUAAAAGUUCUCGCCAUCUUCGAGGACCACAUCUAGCUAAACUGGAGCUGAUUAGACGUUUACGACGUCAAGGUUUUAAUGAUGAGUACAAACUGGGUGAUCCAGAGGAAUUAAUGUUCCAGUAUUUUAAAAAGUUUGGGGAUAAACCUUGUUGUUUUACAGACCUCAAGGUGUUUGUUGACCUCUUACCUGCUACACAGUGUACAAAAUUUAUUAAUCAGUUACUUGGAGUUGUUCCUUUGUCGACACCAACAGAGGAUAGACUGGCACUGCCUGCUGACAUCAGAGCGCUGCAGCAGCAUUUGUGUGUGGUGCAGCUGACGAGGCUACUGGGCUUGUACCAUAGUAUGGAUAAAAAUCAGCAGCUGAGUGUGGUCAGAGAAUUGAUGUUAAGGUACCAGCAUGGCCUGGAAUUUGGUGAGCAGUCUUUCAAAACCGAAUUGCAGUUUUCAGACUAUUACUGUCUCCUUGCUGUCCAUGUGCUUGUUGAUAUAUGGAGAGAAACAGGUGACGAGACCGCUGUGUGGCAGGCCCUGACUUUGCUGGAAGAGGGAUUAACUCACAGCCCUUCCAAUGCUCAAUUCAAAUUGCUGCUUGUUCGAAUCUACUGUAUGCUGGGGGCGUUUGAACCAGUGGUGGAUCUUUAUUCCAGCCUUGAUGCUAAGCAUAUCCAGCAUGAUACCAUUGGUUAUCUUUUGACUCGAUACGCUGCAUCCCUAGGUCAGUAUGCUGCUGCAUCCCAAUCGUGUAACUUCGCACUCAGGUUUUUCCACUCCAACCAGAAAGAUACCUCAGAAUAUAUUAUUCAAGCUUACAAAUACGGUGCAUUUGAGAAGAUCCCAGAGUUUAUCGCUUUUAGGAACAGGCUGAAUAAUUCUCUUCAUUUUGCACAAGUCCGUACUGAACGGAUGUUGUUAGACCUUCUACUUGAAGCAAAUAUAUCAGUCAGCUUAGCUGAAAGUAUAAAAUCGAUGAAUCUUCGGCCAGAAGAAGAUGACAUUCCAUGGGAAGCCUUGCGAGACAACAGAGACUUAAAUGUUUUCUUCAGCUGGGAUCCAAAAGACAGGGAUGUUUCUGAAGAACAUAAAAAACUUUCAUUGGCGGAGGAGACCAUGUGGUUAAGAAUCCGUUCCUUAACACUGAGGCUGAUCAGUGGACUUCCAAGUCUUAACCACCCUAUGGAGCCAAAGAACUCAGAGAAGACCACCGAGAAUGGUGUAUCCUCCCGGAUUGAUAUUCUUCGUUUGCUCCUCCAACAGCUGGAGGUGGCCCUGGAGACAGGAAAGCGAUUUAUUGAGAAGGAAAUUCAGUAUCCUUUCCUUGGUCCUGUGCCUACCAGAAUGGCCGGAUUCUUUCAUUCUGGCUGUUCUCAGUGUCAGACCAGUUCCUUUUAUCUUGUUAGUGAUAUUUAUGAGCUGGAUGCCAGUGGUUUAGAGGAUACAGUGGAGAUCCAGGAGCGAGUAGAGAAUAGUCUUAAGUCUUUAUUAGAACAAUUAAAAGACGUCUUCAGUAAAUGUAAAGGUGAUCUGUUAGAAGUUAAAGAUGGUAACUUGAAAACACACCCCACUCUUUUAGAAAACCUAGUCUUCUUUGUUGAGACUAUUUCUAUUAUCCUUUGGGUGUCCAGUUACUGUGAGAGUGUCCUGCGACCAUAUAAAUUAAAUUUACAGAAAAAGAAAAAGAAGAAAAAAGAAACCAGCAUCAUCAUGCCACCUGUCUUUACCAGUUUCCAAGACUAUGUUGCUGGGCUUCAGACAUUAAUUUCCAAUGUCGUGGAUCAUAUUAAAGGGCUUGAAACACAUCUAAUUGCACUUAAACUUGAAGAACUUAUUUUAGAAGACACUUCUCUCUCACUGGAAGAGAGAAAAUUUUCAAAGACUGUGCAAGGGAAGGUGCAGAGCAGUUAUCUGCACUCACUUCUGGAAAUUGGGGAGCUGCUGAAAAAAAGACUUGAGACCACAAAGAAACUAAAAAUUUAAGCAAGUGUGAACUACAGGCACUGAUGACUCUAUAGCAGAAAAUGACAUCAUCUUCCCAGGCAAAAUCUACAUCUGGUUGACCAUCAUUUUAAUCCAGAACUUCCUCAUAAAAUGCAUGAAGGACUUUGAUCGUGAAUUAAUUUUUUAGGUAUUAAAUGUAUACAACUGAUUAAAUUAUUGUAUAUAAACCAGAAGCAGGACCCUCAUCUGGGUUUGACCACUUUUUAUACAUGUUCAUAUGCAUAUGGCAGCCACAAGAGAACCCCACUUUUCUUCCUCCCUUCUAUCACCAGAAACAUCUGGUGGGGGGAGGGUCCUAUAAAAGCAGCAAUAGAAAUUAAGCAUAAAGCAUCGACCUCAGAGCAGCUGAAUGGCCCUGCCAUUGUAGCAGUGGAUAUUUUGGUCUGGUCCUUGAGCCUUAGGAAGCAGAAAGGAGAAAUAGAGGGGGACCAUGACUGGGAGCAGGCCCUCUUUCCACGUUAGCAGUUUAGUUUUAAGGCUUCCUCAGCUGCUUGGCUCCCAUAGAACCCAAGGCAAGUACCUAAGGGGCCUCAGAUGAAAUCUGGUACAAGCACCUGUCACUGACGGGCACCACUCAAGACAACCACAGGUGCUCACUUUUUGGCUUAAUAGUCCCAGUAGCCAGACAUCCCCAUCCUAGCUCCCAUGAGAAUUAAAUUAUAGAUGGGCUUCUGUUAACUUAGAGCUGUCUGGAAGGGAAAGCAGUGCAGACCACUUACAAGCCUGCCGAGGGCUAGCUUGCUGUCUUUCAUCUGUUAGGGGAAGAUGGGAAUCACUUUUAAAGAAGAAAGGUGUACAUAAUUUAUGCAGGCAAGUCUAAUGCCAAUGCCAUUGGUUUUGUGAGAUAUAUAUAUAUAUAUGUACAUGCUUUUACAUAUAUAUGUAUAUUUUCAAGCAUAUGUGUGUGUAUAUGUACAUAUACAUAUAUAUGCUUGAAAAUGAAGAUAUAAUACUUUAGUUUUUUUUUUUUUUAAGUGGGGCCGGGGUUUGGGAAGGAAGGAAGGAAUGUAUAUUAUAGACUUAACCUAGGUUUUACAUUUUCGGCUGGCAAAAGAAAUGUUAUGCAUUGGGUUUGAGGUUCAGUUUACUUUUUUCAAACCUGAGGAUCACACCGGGUUGGUGUUUACAUUGUUCACCUGGAGCUCUUCAAGACUAUUGCUUCAGAGGUAGGUCUGACAGAAAAGAUAAACAUUGCUCUUGAGAAUGUUGCAGUUUAUACAAUUGCUUUGAUAACUUUUUGUGUUUGAAUCUGUACUUCUGUUUUUUGUCUUUGUUAUCCAAAUAUUGUUAAAGUUAGUAAUUUUGUAAGAGCAAAGAAAUUAAUUUGAUGAGAAAAUUCGAGCAUCUGGUGGCGAUUGGUCUUGAAAUCCUUAAAGGUCCUUUCCAACUCACUUCUCCAGUGAGAUGUGAUACUUCUCUCCCUCAAAAGCAACAAAAGAGAGCUUAGAAAGUCUCUGUAUACAAAGCAAUUGCAUCUUGUCUCCUCAUCUGGACUUUCUUAGACUCACGAUUUGAUAGGGCAAUUAAUAACUGUUUAUAAACUGCCAAGGAAAUUUUUUAGAAAAUGACUACAUUACCUGUUCAAAAUAAGACUUGUUGGAAAUCCUAGUCCAUCAAGUAACUUCAAAAAAAUUACUUUUGAUGUAAAUUAGUAGCCACAGCUGUCACACCCCAUCCCAAAAGGAUGAACAAGAUGAACUGAAAAUUCUGAUUGAUUCCAAAUGUAAUUUAAUGACAACAUAUCAUACUUUCUUAAAACUAUGACCUAUGGAAUUUUGUGUGUGUGGCAGUGGGGGUGUGUAUGGCAUGUGUUCUUGAAAUGAUGUUUCCAUGAAUGUCCAAAAAUACCGUACAUAGAAAUAGAAAUGCUCUUUGAAACAAGUCUGUCAACCGACCUUGAUCUAUCUAGCAUAUGUGUGCUCAGUGGGCUGGCUUUGGUCCUCAGGGACAGUGUGUGACUCCAGUGGUCUACCUAACUAGUCUCUUGCUUAGGGGCAUCUGGGACCUCUACUAAAAACUCAGAAGGUGGGUUUUAGUGACAAUGUUAUGUCAAGGUUAUGCUUCCUUUGUUACUUGCUGAUUUUCCCACUAAAUGUAGCAUUUCAAUUAGAUCCAAACCUCUUACGUUUUGAGAAAAUUGUAAAAAGAAUGAAAUUAUGCAGAAAUGGCCAAUAUCUUUUAUUGAUCUGUUCCUUUGGAAACUCAUGCACUAUAAAUUGUGUACAGUUAAAAAAAAAAAAAUAUAUAUAUAUAUAUAUAUUCUUACAUGAGUAAAAAAGCACCCUCUCCAGCAAUCGUAUGUCAUUGGUAUUUGAAGAGAAUUCCCAAAUAACUCAUUGCUGCUGCUGCUGUUUUUGGUUUGUGUGAGUUUUUUUGUUUUGUUUUUGUGUGGUAAAUUGCUAUUUAAAAAACAAAAAAGGAGAAAAAACACGACUACUGUUUACAGACUGAAAAAUUACUGCUUUUUAUACUACUGAGAUCCUAAGUUGAGACUCUCCAAAGCAAACAUUUGGUUUAAAUCAUUUAUCUGAUAUGGAUAAAAAGUAGAGGAAAUUUUUAGUGUUCUCCAAAUGUACAAAUGCCUAGCUGUGUUGCCCAUCAAUUUUGUAUAUUUUCAUAAUUUUAAUUGUUCAAAAUUGCAUUAUAUUUUGCAAUCACUAUGUUCAAUCUGGACUUGUCUUUCAUUUUAACUUUUAAUAUAAAAAAGGGGUUUCAAUGUAUCUAUGGCCUUGUUAUUGAAACUCUUCCUACUUAUUUGAUGUGAUUUAUUAAAAUGGGAAGUAUAUAUUCUUCCUUUUCAGAAUUAAGCAUAGAAAUUUACUUUAAACUGGAUGGGUUAAUUUAUAUAAACAUUUUUAAAUUGGCAUUUCUGCCCGGUUCAUUUUUGUUCAAAUUCCUAGAAGUUACCUUUUAAAUGAUAUAUUUCAUCUCAAUUUUGUAUUGUUACAUUCCUCAGCAAAAUUGUGAAAUUUGUGAAGUUAAAAUUUAUCUGCCAAGGCGAUUAGUCUUUUUGUUUAAAAGAAGUACCUUGCAUGCUAGCAAUCUUUAAUUCAACAUAUAUCUAAUGAGUACUUACUUACUAUGUGCCAGAUUCCAUUUUAGGCUCUGCUGAUAUAAUGAUAAAUGAGACCAUAUAUAUCCCAGUUAGUGGCUGAGGUGGGGAUAGUGACAAUAAAAAUAAAUACUAGUUUGUAAUUAA